AUUUUAGUUUUGUGAAAGUAGACGAAGAACGACAUGGUCUCGUAUCAUAGCUGGCUAAACUCGUUUCCAGUUUAAUACUCGUGCCACAUGUAUCUGUGUAUUGUAAGGUAUCUUCAUCUGCAUUCCGUGCUGUAAGGUUGGCGAUCUAUUAUGUUUUGGGUAAAUGGUAAUUGUUGUACGAAGUUGCGCGAAGGGGUGGAAAAGACAAACUGGUAACAGAGUACAAUUCGUAUCUUCUGAUUGUAGCAGCUGGAGAUGUUACUGAACCAGAACUGAUUUACACUGCCAAUAGCAAAUUCCAAUAUGAAUAAUUUUCGAAAGGCACAUACAUUUUUGAGGAAUAUACCAAACAGAAGCGCCCUUGAAACAAAGCUUUCAACAUCCGCAUGUUACAAAAAGGAAGUUGUGGAGUUCACUAUCCCCAAACGUAUACCACGUAGCUCAACAGACAUCUUAAGGGCUUUGGCAAAUACUGUACAGCAAGAUGUGACAGCACCACAUUAUAAAUAUCAUGAUGAUCCAUAUUUUAUACCAAUGUCUAAUGUUGGGAAAAGAACAUUUGCAUUGGCUAAGGAAUCUGGUCGCAAAGCAGCAAAAUGGGUUAGGGCUCAACAUCCAGAAUUCUUUCAGCAUCGAGUGGCUGAUCCACCAAUAAAGGAUUAUUUUCCACUGGAAGUGUAUACAGAGGAGAGUAAUGUGGACACAGAUACCUUAAAGACACUUAUUGAAGACUGUCGUGUCUCGGAUGCAAUAACAGUUUAUCAACUUCUUGAGAAUGCAGGGAAAGUUGCUGAGCCACACUUACAGACACAAGCUGGCAUACAAAAUGAUGUUCCUGCCAGUAUAAAACAAGCUUUUUUGGAGUUAAUCUGCUUUUUUAAUUGUGAAGAAGCUCACGCAGAAGAUCUGAUUGAGGAACACUGGUUUCGACAAGGUCCCCGAGGUUACGCAAGAUUAAGAAAAACUUGGAAAGAUAAUGGUCUUGCUGAAAAAAUCUUCACCUCUUUGAAAUCGCCAGAUGCCUCUGCAUACUGUGCUCUUAUCCAGGGAAUGACCCGAUUUUAUCAGGUAGAGAGGGCUUGGCAAUUGUAUCAAGAAAUGCUUCAGAAAGGCAUGCCACUUACAGUUGAAGCAUACAAUUCUCUCAUCCGUGUAUCUAAUUUUCUCCGAGAAAGUAAUGAAUUGCGAUGGAAGCUGAUUGAAGAAUUGCUGACGGCAAUGUCAAAGCAGGAACUUGUGCCAAAUGUUGGUACAUUAAAUGCCGUUCUGGAGGUUAUUAGUAGUAUGAGUUCCCAGAAACUCAGUAAGACAUAUGCUCUGCAAAUACUAUCAGAGUUCAGAAGGAUAAACAUUGAACCAAGUUUAGGAUCUUAUUAUUAUUUACUUAUGAUAUUCUGCAAGGAAAGAGGUCCUGUGAGCUCCAUUCUUUUAGACAUAAUGAACUACAUAGAAAAUAAAGAAUAUAAAGUUACACAUCCCAAAGACACAUUUUUCUUUGUUACUGCAAUGGAUGUUUGCAGAAAUCAUCUUCAGGAUAAAGAACUGGCAUACAGGUUGGAUAAAUUUCUGCACAGAGGAAAUAAUUAUGAUCUGAUUGGAGACUCAUAUAAAGAGUCAAUCUACUAUCGGCAUUUUUUUGCUCUCCUGUGUGUAAGUGAGCCUCUAGAUGUCCUUAUGGAAUAUUACAAUAAACUAAUUCCACAUAUAUACAUUCCAGAACCAAGUGUUAUGGAGGAGGUGAUUAAAGCCAUUGACUUAAGUGGCCAGGUUGAUCAUCUUCCAAGAGUGUGGUCAGAUAUGGUCACUUUUGAUCACACUGAUAGGGAGAAAUUGAUAUCCAAUCUUUUAGAGUCAAUGGCCAGAAAUUUACCACCAGUGGAUUCACCAACUGCUCUACAGUUUGCUGAUGUAGCUUGGGAAAUUUUUAACAAAUUUCAAGAAAAAGUGGAUGUUAAAUCUGCACUCAGUUGGACUGGGCAAAAUCUUGGAAACAUCAUUAUUCUGUUGCUGAAUGGCCAAGAGAUUGAAAAGGCAUUUGCAGUAUUGGACAAGCUUGACAAGGAACAUCACAAAAUUGUUGGCUUGCCAAAGGUUACAGUUUUAAACCAACUUCUGGAUGCUUGCAUUGCAGUCAACAAUAGUGAAAAAGCAGUUGUCUGCAUCCGCUACUGUGCUGAUGCCGGUUAUUCAGAAGCUGAAAAUAUGGGUGCUAAAUUGAAAGAAAAACUGCAAUUGGAUAGUACAACACUUGAAAGAUUAGCCACUGUCUUAAACAGGGGAAUGGCAAAAAUCCUACCUAAUUUAUCAGAAAAUAAAUCAUAAUUUUGAAAAUAA